CGAUGAGCGUGUAAGUCGAUUACUCUGGCCUGGCUCAUCGCAAUUGGAGGAUGGGAGGGCGCAAUGUUUAAAUUUGUUUCCGUUUUUCUCUGUUGUGUAGGUUAUGGAGGCUCAGGAAAGUGCUACUAUGACCCCCCGGACUAACGUCACGUCGGGCCGAAGAUGUCUUGGACUUGAGAAAACUAAUUUUCGAUACACACCGGGUCAACUAACUGCCCUGAGAAUCCCAACAAGUCGGAGAAAACCGAGCAAGCGUAACGACAUAGACCCAGAACAAAUGGCUUACAUUGCCAAUAUCGAAUGGAAGCUAUCUUAUGUCACACCCUUGUAUCAGUUCAGACACACCCAGCUUGUGUUGUACUCCAAGCAGCUUUCAGCUUUCAUAGUAGCAGAAAAACAGAAAGGCAUUGCAGUGGAAGUUGGACCAGAGAUGGGCUUCAAGGUGGUGUUCUCUGUGGUCCAUGGGAUGACAGAGACUGAUGAGGAUGCAGAGACCGUUUUUAUAAAGAUCUAUUCCAAGCCUGCAUUUUCUGUAGAGGGCAGUGCUGUCAAAGUUGUGUGGAGUGGAUGGUUUACUUGUGUCAACGGCAACUUGGAUUAUAUGAGAUCCCUGCCAUCUGAUUUUGUCUCUCUGCCCCUCUUCUGUGCCAAUGGGCCAAUGUCCAUAACUGCACUGGUUAAGUCAUGGUUCACAAGAAUGUUUGAUUGCUACUUCGGGCCUUUAAGCUUAAAUUCCAGCAUUCUUCAGUGGCUUGCUGCCCUCUGGACUGAGUGCCAUCCUGCUUGCAACAUUAGAUACCUAAAGCUAGCCUGGAACUUGUCCACACUGCCUCCUCUGGACAUCUCAUACACAGUACACCCACAAGACGCCUGGAAUCUGUGGAGCAGUAUUCGGCAAAACGAUAGCAUGGAAGACAGCAUUAGCAUUGAGAAAGUCAGGUGUUUCAUGAAAAGAGUUGAGUCACACUUCUUCAGGCACUUCAGGAUGUAUCUAUCUGCAGGAAUGCUAACCAGAGUUUGCACUUCACUGGGCUCUGCACACUGUGAUGGAACGAUCAAGAUCACUGGCACUCACUACAUCACCCCUGUGCUGAUGCUGCUGACAGAAUGUGCUCUACUCAAAAUGCCUAUCUGAUCAUCAGGAAAAGAUCUUGUGGUUUAUUGGAAAAUAACCCUGGGAGCAUUCAUACAACAAUUAUAACAAGACUUGGAAAUGCACGUUUGUUAAACAUAAUGAUGUAAUAACUGUGCACAUUGUAAUAGUUGCACAUCAUGUAAUAAAAUUAUGUAAUAACUCUAUGUACUAAUCUGGCAAUAAUAUAAUAAAAAGGGUGAGUGCAUAAUGUAAUAACUUGUUAGUUAUUACAGUAUAUGCAAGUUACAUUAUUACUUAGUGGAAACUUAUGGAUUAAAAUGUAGUAAUAUAUCGACACAUUUUAAUAACUAAAUAAAAUUGCAUGUUUUAAGGUACA